AUGAACAAGUUAAGUGCAAACUCCAUUCCAAAAAUCAAUGUUUCCAAACAAAACUGGCAUCAGCUGGAAAAUCUCUCAAACUUUAUCCGAGCCAUGUCUACUUAUGGGAUGAAGUCUGUAGAUCUGUUUGAAGCAAAUGACCUGUUUGAGAAUGGCAAUAUGACCCAAGUACAAGUUUCUUUGCUGGCCCUAGCUGGAAUGGCAAAGACGAGAGGUAUUCAAAGUGAUGUGGAUAUUGGAGUGAAAUAUGCUGAGAAGCAGCAAAGAAAUUUUGAUGAUAAUAUAAAGAAGGCUGGGCAGUGUGUUAUAGGACUGCAGAUGGGGACAAAUAAAUGUGCCAGCCAGUCUGGCAUGACUGCAUAUGGGACAAGAAGACAUCUCUAUGACCCAAAGCAUAAUAUCUUGCCACCUAUGGAUCAUUCCACUAUUAGUCUUCAGAUGGGAACCAACAAAGGAGCCAGUCAGGUGGGUAUGACGGCUCCAGGAACACGACGACACAUCUAUGAUACCAAAACGGGUACUGAGAAGUGUGAUAACUCUACCAUGUCACUACAGAUGGGAUAUAACCAAGGGGCCAAUCAAAGUGGCCAGAUUUUUGGUUUGGGCCGGCAGAUCUACGAUCCCAAAUAUUGCCCUACGGGCAAUCCUGAUGACCUGCCACAUGAGGAUGAUGAACAGCAACAGUACAAUUACAUUCAUGAACAGGACUUUUAG